UUUACAUAUAUAUCAAAUUUGAACAUUGAAGAAUCUGGAAAAAUAACCUUUUGUUCAGUAAAUAACUUAUUUUUGAAUGAAACUUCUUUAUGUUACUUAAGUAUAUCUCUUAUUAAUAAUAAUAAAAUGCACAUAGCGAGUGUAUUAGUGCGUAAUACCGCACUUCUUAAUCCCUCGAUUAGGCCUUCAUCGCAAACUGUUCGUAAUGUAACCAAAAUUGCAUCAUAUUGCAAGCCGGUAGGAAAUCGUUUUUUUAAUGGACACAAUUUGUACGGAACUCGCAACGCUCGGAUAUGCUCGUAUAACCAAGAAUAUGCAGCCGUGAAAAAGGUACAGAACAUUAGACAUUAUUCGAAGAAGCUUAAUCCAGAAGAAGAGGAAUCCGCUGAUAUUAAAGAGGACCCGCCAUUGUUCUCAAGCCAGCUACCAGCAACUGUGGCUGUGCCUGAAGUGUGGCCGCAAGUGCCCGUUAUUGCCAUAAAUAGGAACCCCGUUUUUCCAAGAUUUAUUAAAUUAAUUGAGAUAUCAAACCCAGCUUUAAUAGAUCUAAUAAGGCGUAAAGUGAAACUGAAUCAGCCGUAUGUUGGUAUAUUUUUGCGUAAGAAAGAAGAUGAAAAAUCAGAUGUUGUGUCGAGUUUGGACGAUCUUCAUGAUGUGGGGGUGUUCGCUCAGAUCCACGAGAUGCAGGAUAUGGAUUACAAGCUACGUCUAGUCGUUAUGGCACACAGAAGAAUAAAAAUCACCGGCCAGUUUAUAGAAGACGAGAUCGAAACUGGCCCAGCCGAAAUGAAGCUAAAGUUUCCCGUAUUUAACGUGGAAUUUAACGUUACGCGCGAAGAAUCAGACGCUGAGCGACGUAGGAGGAAAUAUCGUAACACGAGACGGCAACGUAACGACUCGGACGCGGAACACGAGAAGGAGGUGCAGGAACCAAAGGAAGCUAAGAAACCUCCGCCGGACCAGCUUAUGAUGGUCAAAGUGGAGAAUAUGAUGCAUGACAAGUUCCAGCAGAACGAGGAGGUGAAGGCGUUGACGCAAGAGAUCAUCAAGACUAUCAGGGAUAUCAUCAAUAUGAACCCUCUGUAUAGAGAAUCUCUGCAUCACAUGCUAGCUCAAGGCCAGCGUGUUGUGGACGAUCCCGUGUACCUCGCGGAUUUAGGCGCCGCCUUAACCGCAGCUGAGCCCAAGGACCUACAGCCGGUUCUUGAGGAGAUGGAUAUUCCGAAACGACUGUUACUAUCAUUAUCACUGCUGAAGAAGGAAUAUGAACUGUCCAAAUUGCAGCAGAAAAUUGGUAAAGAAGUUGAAGAAAAGGUGAAACAACAGCACAGGAAAUACAUUCUGCAUGAACAACUCAAGGUUAUAAAAAAAGAAUUAGGUCUUGAGAAGGACGACAAAGACGCCAUUGGUGAGAAAUUCCGCGAAAGACUGGCUGAUAAAGUGGUGCCACCCUCUGUUCAGACGGUCAUUGACGAGGAGCUCAACAAACUGAACUUCCUAGAGAGUCAUAGCUCAGAGUUCAAUGUGACUCGUUGUUACCUGGACUGGUUGACUUCCUUACCCUGGGGCGUGUCAUCAGAAGAGAACUUAAAGCUAGAAGACGCUCAAGUUAUACUACACGAAGAUCAUUACGGCAUGGACGACAUCAAGACGCGCAUAUUAGAGUUCAUAGCCGUGUCUCAGCUGAAGGGCAGCACACAGGGAAAGAUUCUGUGCUUCCAUGGACCUCCCGGGGUGGGCAAAACUAGUAUAGCCCGUUCCAUAGCCAGAGCGUUGAACCGUAAGUAUUUUAGGUUCUCAGUGGGCGGUAUGACGGAUGUGGCGGAGAUAAAGGGACACAGACGUACAUACGUGGGCGCUAUGCCCGGGAAGCUGGUGCAGUGCUUGAAGAAGACGAACACAGAGAACCCAUUGGUCCUUAUAGAUGAAGUGGAUAAGAUCGGGAAAGGUGUCCACGGUGAUCCGUCAUCAGCUCUUCUGGAACUGCUGGAUCCAGAACAGAACGCGAAUUUCCUGGACCACUACUUGGAUGUUCCGGUGGACCUGUCUCGAGUGCUCUUCAUCUGCACAGCGAACGUACUCGACCUUAUACCGGAACCUCUGCGGGACAGGAUGGAACUUAUAGAAAUGUCAGGAUAUGUGGCAGAAGAGAAGCUAGCCAUAGCCCAGCAGUACUUGAUACCGACAGCCCUCAAGAACUGUGGUCUCACAGACGAAAAAAUCAAUAUAACACCGGAGGCAUUACACACACUCAUAAGGUCAUACUGCAGGGAGAGCGGAGUCAGGAAUCUACAGAAACAUAUUGAGAAGAUCGCACGUAAGGUAGCCUACAAGCUUGUAAAGAAAGAGACGUCUUCCUUAUCUGUGACGGACGAUAAUUUAUCGGAACUGGUUGGGAAGCCGACCUUCAAACACGACCGCAUGUAUGACGUCACACCACCCGGAGUGGUGAUGGGCCUAGCGUGGACCGCCAUGGGUGGUAGUACGUUAUACAUAGAAACAGCUGUACGGAACACUAUGAAGGGUGAGAAGCAAUCCGGCUCGCUGGAGCUGACCGGGCACCUGGGUGACGUCAUGAAGGAGUCGGCCCGGAUCGCGCUCACCGUGGCCCGGAACUACCUCAAGGAGUCCCAGCCGGACAACGACUUCCUUAACACCAGUCACCUCCACCUCCACGUGCCCGAGGGCGCGACUCCCAAGGACGGUCCAUCAGCGGGCGUGACCAUCGCCACCGCUCUCCUGAGCCUAGCGCUCCAACGACCAGCCAACACCCUCGCUAUGACCGGGGAGCUCACCCUCACUGGACGAGUGCUGCCCGUUGGAGGGAUCAAGGAGAAGAUUAUAGCGGCUAAGCGUGUCGGAGUGACUUGCGUGAUUCUUCCCGAGGACAACAGGCGCGACUUCGACGACCUGCCCUCCUUCAUCAGGGACGGUAUCGACGUGCACUUCGUCAAUGUGUAUGAUGACGUGUUCAAGAUAGUCUUCGACGGAAAGGCCGAAAGGAUCGAAGUCACCUCUUCGUCCAUGUGAAGACGGGCAAGAGUUAUUUAAAGAUGUUUUAUUUGAAUAUAUUCUAUAUUUUUAAAA